CAAGAUUGACAGCACUAACCAUCGCCUUCACUUGUUCCGGGGGGGAAGCCCCUGGUCACCCCGCUCCGCGCGCACCUCCCGCAACCCGGCGGCAAACUUCUGCCGCUCGGUGCGGCCCCCGCCCGGGGCGGGACACCCCCGCAGACUUGAGUUAACGGGCUCGCGGGCCGCGGCGCCGGGGGUUCUGCUCCCUCGCUCCUCGGGCUGUGUUCAUUGACCUAGCCUCGACUCUCCUUCCUUUAAUCAUUUUUUUUUAUUUGUGUCUUUCCCUUUUUCUUUAAUGCCAUUUACUCCCGCGGCGCAGCGCACAAGGAGCCCUCCCGUGCGGUACCAUCCUGGAGCCCGCCCAGGUCACUUUCAUGAAUUCAAAGGCAAUUUACCAGUGAUUUCUGGGUGCUGGGGCUGACUACAAUUGUGUGUGUGUGUGUUAUUGAAAGAAACUGCAAACAUUUUUAUAUGCUUCCAUCUCAGGAUGCUGCAAUCAGUGUGUCCAGCAAAAUAAAUGAAAAGAGAAGAAUGUCUUCCAAGCAAGCCACCUCUCCAUUUGCCUGUGCAGCUGAUGGAGAGGAAGCGAUGACCCAGGAUUUGACCUCAAGGGAAAAGGAAGAGGGUAGUGAUCAACAUGUGGCCUCCCAUCUGCCUCUGCACCCCAUAAUGCACAACAAACCUCACUCUGAGGAGCUACCAACAAUUGUCAAUACCAUUCAACAAGAUGCUGACUGGGACAGCGUUCUGUCAUCUCAGCAAAGGAUGGAGUCAGAGAAUAAUAAGUUAUGUUCCCUAUAUUCCCUCCGAAAUACCUCUACCUCACCACAUAAGCCUGACGAGGGGAGUCGGGACCGCGAGAUAAUGACCAGUGUUACUUUUGGAACUCCAGAGCGCCGCAAAGGGAGUCUGGCCGAUGUGGUGGACACACUGAAGCAGAAGAAGCUGGAGGAAAUGACUCGGACUGAACAAGAGGAUUCUUCCUGCAUGGAAAAACUACUUUCAAAAGAUUGGAAGGAAAAAAUGGAAAGACUAAAUACCAGUGAACUUCUUGGAGAAAUUAAAGGUACACCUGAGAGCCUGGCUGAAAAAGAGCGGCAGCUCUCCACCAUGAUCACCCAGCUGAUCAGUUUACGGGAGCAGCUCCUGGCAGCGCACGACGAACAGAAAAAACUGGCAGCCUCACAAAUUGAGAAACAACGGCAGCAAAUGGACCUUGCUCGCCAACAGCAAGAACAGAUUGCAAGACAACAGCAGCAACUUCUGCAACAGCAGCACAAAAUCAAUCUCCUGCAGCAACAGAUCCAGCAGGUUCAGGGUCACAUGCCUCCGCUCAUGAUCCCAAUUUUUCCACAUGACCAGCGGACCCUGGCAGCAGCUGCUGCUGCCCAACAGGGAUUCCUCUUUCCCCCUGGAAUAACAUACAAACCAGGUGAUAACUACCCCGUACAGUUCAUUCCAUCAACAAUGGCAGCUGCUGCUGCUUCUGGACUCAGCCCUUUACAGCUCCAGAAGGGUCAUGUCUCCCACCCACAAAUUAACCCAAGGCUAAAGGGCCUAAGUGACCGUUUUGGCAGGAAUUUGGACACCUUUGAACAUGGUGGUGGCCACUCUUACAACCACAAACAGAUUGAGCAACUCUACGCCGCUCAGCUGGCCAGCAUGCAGGUGUCACCUGGAGCAAAGAUGCCGUCAACUCCACAGCCACCAAACACAGCAGGGCCAGUCUCACCUACUGGGAUAAAAAAUGAAAAGAGAGGGACCAGCCCUGUAACUCAAGUUAAGGAUGAAGCUGCAGCACAGCCGCUGAAUCUCUCAUCCCGACCCAAGACAGCAGAGCCCGUAAAGUCCCCAACAUCUCCCACCCAGAGCCUCUUCCCAGCCAGCAAAACCAGCCCUGUCAACCUGCCAAACAAAAGCAGCAUCCCCAGCCCCAUUGGAGGAAACUUGGGAAGAGGAUCCUCUUUAGAUAUUCUAUCCAGUCUCAACUCCCCCGCCCUGUUUGGGGAUCAGGAUACAGUGAUGAAAGCCAUUCAGGAGGCUCGGAAGAUGCGAGAACAGAUCCAGCGGGAGCAACAGCAGCAGCAGCCGCAUGGUGUUGAUGGGAAGCUGUCUUCCAUGAAUAAUAUGGGGCUGAACAACUGCAGGAAUGAAAAGGAAAGAACACGUUUUGAAAAUUUGGGGCCCCAGUUGACAGGAAAGUCCAGUGAAGACGGAAAGCUGGGCCCUGGUGUCAUCGACCUCACUCGGCCGGAAGAUGCAGAGGGAAGUAAAGCAAUGAAUGGCUCUGCAGCUAAACUACAGCAGUAUUAUUGUUGGCCAACAGGAGGUGCCACUGUGGCUGAAGCCCGAGUCUACAGGGAUGCCCGCGGCCGUGCCAGCAGCGAGCCACACAUCAAGCGACCAAUGAAUGCAUUCAUGGUUUGGGCGAAGGAUGAGAGGAGGAAAAUCCUUCAGGCCUUCCCCGACAUGCAUAACUCCAACAUUAGCAAAAUCUUAGGAUCUCGCUGGAAAUCCAUGUCCAACCAGGAGAAGCAACCAUACUAUGAAGAGCAGGCCCGGCUAAGCAAGAUCCACUUAGAGAAGUACCCAAACUACAAAUACAAACCCCGACCGAAGCGCACCUGCAUUGUGGACGGCAAGAAGCUCCGGAUUGGGGAGUACAAGCAACUGAUGAGGUCUCGGAGACAGGAGAUGAGGCAGUUCUUCACCGUGGGGCAGCAGCCUCAGAUUCCCAUCACCACAGGAACAGGUGUUGUGUAUCCUGGUGCUAUUACUAUGGCAACUACCACCCCGUCACCUCAGAUGACAUCUGACUGCUCUAGCACCUCUGCCAGCCCAGAGCCCAGCCUCCCGGUCAUCCAGAGCACUUAUGGUAUGAAGACAGACGGCGGAAGCCUAGCUGGAAACGAGAUGAUUAACGGAGAGGAUGAAAUGGAAAUGUAUGACGACUAUGAAGAUGACCCCAAAUCAGACUAUAGCAGUGAAAAUGAAGCCCCGGAGGCUGUCAGUGCCAACUGAGGAGUGUUUGUUUGCUGAAUUAAAAUACUCUGACAUUUCACCCCCAUCCCCCAACAAAAAGUUCUUAAAGAGCCCGCAUGCAUUUGUGGCUCCACAAUUACAUCAGCAGAAUGGUCUUAAUUGUUUCCUAAAGUGUGAGACAGAUUAAGUUUUCCCUGAUUUUUCAUGAACUUGAGUUUUUUGUCGUUAUUGUUAUUGUUGUUGUUGUUGUUUUUUUAAUUUAGGUGAAGACAUAUUAAAUAUGAGACACCAGGACUUGAAAACUUAUCUCAACCCAUAGCUGUCUUACAAGUCUUAUAUUUUUGUCUUACUUUUUUUUUUCUUUUGGAUGUUGAUAAAGGUUUAAGUUACUGUUUUAGAUGGGGUUAAACAUUCUCACUCAGGUAUGCUGUGCCGGCCUACAGGUUGUGAAUGUGUUUUUAUUCUGAGUUAUUUUAGAAAACAACUGAGGAUUUCAUAUUGUGAAACAGGACAAGUCCACAGCGUGUGCAGCUGCAUGUAGAGUAUAUUCAAAAGGCCUCGGAAUUCCAUUUUUCCAUGUGUAGAGUUCAACUUUGAAUGUGCCAAACUUUUUCCUAACUUUUGAAUCUUAAUAUUUUGAAAGUCUUAAAUGAGACACUGCAAAGUCUUAGACAAUCUUUGGCAUCUGAAAGUAAAAUAGCAAACCACACAUUUUUUUUUUUCCAGAAAAUGGUGAAGUACUCAGGAAUCUGGAGACACGAUAUUGUAAGGGAUGAACAAGGUUGCCACAGUGCAUGCACCCAAUUGUGUUUGCCUCUUGACGUGCCAUGAGGGCGUGACGUGGUCUGACAGACACACACCAGAGUGAUCGCCACACCAGAUACCGGCACAGUGGUCUCUGCCUGAGACCGCCGCUCACUACAUCCAUUAUCCCUUUGCCUUUAACCCUGACAUUCAGUCUUAACACAUUUUCUCUCUUAAAUAAUUUAUUCAUUCCAGAAUGUCAAGGGUCCACUUACUAUUUAUUAAAAAAAAUUGUUGGUGGCAUUAAUUUAAUAAUUCUUGUUUUUCACCCUCCUUCCCCAAAGAACUUUUCAGCCCUUUUCGCCUCCUUCUCUUGCUAGAUACGAAAGAUGUACAUAGUGAUUUUAUGUCCCCAGAGUAUCUGGAAGCAUUUCUGAAACAAGAUACUAUUAGAUGCCCACAUUAUUGUUCUUAAAAACGAGUGUCUAUCUGGCUGCAGGGCUGUGCAUGUGGAUGUCAGUGUCUGGUCUUACACCUGAACAGGUGUGUCCCUGGGGUUCCCUGUGACUUUAAAUCCUUUGCCAGAAUUGCCCCCUAGCUCAGUUCAAGAUCAAGUGGUAGCAUCUGCAUCCACGGCAUUUCCCCUGCAUUUUGCUCAGCAGCAAGGGUCAACUGUGGUGACUGCCAGGCAGGCCUCCUGCAGCCAAAUUGAAGCCCAAGGCUUGUGGGCCACGUAGACGUCUACUGUGCAGCUGUCAUGGGCUGGCACCUUUAUAUUGAGUUGCCUUGGGCUGGCACAUCCAGGAAGUUCUUAGGAAAAUCCCCAGCAUGCAAGAAGACGCAUGACCACCUCAAAGCAAAAAUAGAGGCAGUCAGUCAUGAUACAACCAGGGAAUGAAAGAAAAUCAUAGGGCAGGAGAAGCGGGAGAAAUACAUUCCCUACACGGGAUGUUCCUAUUGUUAACUCUGGGGAACAGACAGCUCGCGGGACAGCAGGCACGCCUCUGGCUGGCUCCCUGUAUCUGUGGCUGCAUAUGGGGUGUGCUCACGUGUGAACAACAUGAACCACACUUGUCACUCAAGGGUUCCUCUGGAGAUGUGCCGCUGGGCUGGGACGCAGGGAGGUUUCGUUCCCUCUUUAACUACAGGGAGCUCUGCUAUGCCAUUUUGACCUUCCUGAAACCUGGGCUGGUUGCCUGUGGGGGCCCUCGCCGGCAGCGCUUCAGUGGAGGAGUGUCAGAGAGUGGGACAGUGCACCUCAUGGGACAACCCAGAAUCUCAUCACCAGGACAUAGGAAUGGCCCCAUCAGAUUUCUUGAGCCAUUUUGUCACUUGGAAGAAAAUAGUAUACUUCAUAUUUAUUUAAAGAGUGCUCAAGGCCAUACCUAAUAUCAAUAAAUAGGUCUAGCCAAGAUAGUACCAGCUACGUCAUUAGCUGGGAGAGCUCUCUAUAAGCUGUUCAAGGUACUGAUAGGAAUGUUUUGUUCUUAAUGUUGAUUGGGGAUUGGAACUUUGGUUUUGUACAUUUAUUUCAAAUGAGGAGGAGGUCAUUUUUCUAAAAAAAAUUCAUAUUUAUUAUUGUCUUACUGAUUUCUUUGAUUAUAUACCUCUCCUCCUCAAAUUCAUUCUCAUGUUUUUUCUCCUCUUUGGCUUGUGCUCUCUCUCCUUUUUUUUUUUUUUUUUUUAAUUUUGUAGCAUAGGUAGAGUGCUGUAUGGCUAACAUUGUAUUGUAUGUAAUUAAUUUUGCACAAAGGCGAACAUUUAGCAUAGUAGGUUAAUUUUGUUUGUUUUUAUGACCAUGCCAAAAUAAUAUUCUGGGCUGGUGGAGAACAAAGGACUGUUCUUUAGGAAUGAAACUUGAUUUUGCUUGUAGUAAGAAAAAAAAAAAAAACAAACAAAAAACACACACACUCACAGAUGUUGUUUCGUAAGUGUUAUAAGCACUGGAUAUAAAUGGUAUUUUUUAUCACUUCUGACUAAUGUGAAACUGUUGUACGAAAACUACAUGAACAAAAGUCAUCUGUUUCGACUCGUGUGGGCUUGCCUCACAGUUGCCGGAUUUGAGUCAUUUUUAUGUCUUGUUAUUUCAUUUAUUUAUGCAAAAUACAUGUGUGUAUGAACACUUUGUUUUAGCUCCAGCUCUGCCUCGGUACUGGGGUGCAAUUACUUCUAGCCAUGUUGUUAAACAUGAAAGGUGACUCAGGAAUGAUCUGACCGUAAAAGUCUCUUUCAUUGGAUUACACAGUGAUGCUGUAUUUGGAUCUAAAUUUUGUGCAUAAGCAGUUUAUUCUAUUUAUUAGCCAAGUUUGGCUCUAAAUAUCCAUGGAAAUCAAGAACGACAAUCAUAGGGAUCACUUCAUUUUGUUUUCGGUGGGGCUUAAACAAAGUUUUUAUGACUUUACCAUCUCAUUUUAGAUUUUUCUAAUGGUGUAAAUAUAACAUAGAAAUAGAAUUUAUUUUUGGCUCAUGAAUACUUAGUGAGUUGUAAGUUAUGUAUUUCCUUUUUGUUCUCUGUCCAUAUAUGUUGGUCCAAACUAGAGCUGAUGGGUCGGUGUACUCCACAGCAAUAGCGAAAUAUCAGCCCCAGUGAGAGAGCUGUUCAGCCCGUAGCUGGGACAACAGACCCCUUCCCUGGGGUUCUCCUGCAGUUUAGAACCCGCUGUCCACAGACUCAGACUUUUCCCUUUUUAUACGUACACAGUUGAUGAAUUGAACACCAGAAAUUCCCAGCACAGCGAGGAGAGAGUCGAUGUGCUUUGUGAAUCCACAUAAAUCUACAAUAAUUCUGUGACCCUUUAAUAGCAAUAAGCAUGAAUGUCGUCGUAAAGGCAAAAAUCUGCCUCUUGAGACGGGCCAUGAAUACAAGUCCCACCCCGCCAGGUAGAUUAAAAAAAAACAAACAAACAGCUACGCAACCUUUUUUCAGUGCUCCCUAUAUCGUGGUACUUUUAAAUCCAAUGUCCAGACUGUGUCCACUUUGUUACAGAACUCACAGGAUCAGGGUUUUUCUUGUCACUUAGUUUAGGGACACUGGCAGACAAUCGUGUCCUAAAAGGGUGGGCCAUAUGGGAUAGAAAGGCAAGAAAGAAGGAGGGGAGGAGGGAAGGAAGGAAGGGCAAGAGAGAAAAGUCCUUCUAUCUACAGCCGCAGGCAGCGGGCCGGCCCUGUGAGUGUCCCCUUGGCAAAUGUGCAGCAACUUUGUUCUUUGCACACGCGCCCACUCGGCCUUCCAGGAGCACACAUCAGUCUGCUUCGUUUGGGAUCUGAUACUCCGCAGCCUGGUCCUCAGGCCGGAUUUGAUUUGCCAACGUCCCGACUCGCCGGCCAAGUUCUAAAUUCAGGUGUGGGCUCAGCGUGCUAUUGAGCUGGUCCAAUGCUGGCCUCCCCUGAACAUCAGCCCUCCGGGAGCCUAGGGUGUUUGAACAGGGAGUGAUCAGACAAGGGCAAGGCUGCUUGCUUUCGCUCCUGAAGCCAGGCUGCUGCUUCCGUGCACGCCCGCCCCGGGCCAGGAGCACAGGCGUGGCCUGAAUGCAGGCACUGUGCAGGGAAGCCCAUCUCCCCUCAGGAGAAAGGCAGCCUGGGCACCUGCCUCUCAGCCAGCUCAUUUUGCAAAGAGUCCACCUCUACCAACUCAUUAGGGAACGGAAAAAGAAUCACUUAGCAGUCUUAAACCAGAUAAGGAGUCCUGCACCAAGUGCCAACAACUGCAUAGACAUGCAGCGAGACGAAUGUAUUGAGAUUAUUCCUGGGUCUUCCUUUUAAUGAGAAAAUGGCAAACAUGGUUGCUGGAGGCUUGCCUGAUUUCGUACACGCUGGUCUGAGGAUCGAGUUGGCACUUCGGCUCACCUCUCAAAGUGUAAUAGUAAUAAUAAUAAUAAUGUAUGACCUCAUUUGUCCUUUGACAAAAGCACUUGCAUCAUUUCCUUAGGUCAUCUGCCCUCUGACAUGUGUGCUUCCUUAAUAAACAGCUUGUGUCUGUUAUUCCUGCCGACAAUGUUGUGUUUCUGAUGCCAUAUCCGAUUGAGCGUGCCCCUGGGCGAGUAUCAUUGAAAAUGUUGAUAUGCAAACUCAUUUGCUUUUCCUCCCCAUCCUGUCUUGGGGUGGGGGACAGAUUGCUUUCCAAAAGUUCAUGAACAAGUACUUGGAAUGCCUGGUCCCCUCGGGGCAGA